AUGAGCCUUUCUUGCCUCCUUGCACCAUCUGAUCUUGGUGUCCCAAUGAUCUGCUAUACUGAUGUUGUGUACAACAGAUGGGGAGGGAUUUGUAGAUGUGAGAAACAGCUUAUGAAGGAUCUGAAGUAUGUACAUGCAUUAUCUUUGGUGCCUGAAGGUCAUAUUGGUGGCAUCCACGAGAACAUCAGGAAGGCUGUGCAAGCACAUGUUGCAAGCCACUAUGGUCUUAUGAAAGGUGCUGAUGAGAGAGUCACAGACCUUCUCAAGAAUAAUGCUUAUAUAUAUCCUGCAAACACGAAGGAUGCUUUCUUCAACGACAAGCUUGCAGUGGGAGUAAAGUGGCAUGGUCAUCUCACAUCCACAUUUGAAGAUCAUCCCGACAAGGCUGAGCUGCCUGUCGCAAUGGUGGUGCUUGCUAGCACUGUGGUAUGCUCUAUCAUCAUGCAGUACUCCACAGAUUUCAACUCAGAAAUCGUGUUGAAUGGCAUCUUCAAAGCGAGCAAAUGCAAAUAUCAUGUAUUCAUGCACUCAUUGUAUAAGACAGUCUAUGGGUCGAAGCGCAAGACUGAGGAACCUGAUGCAGCAGAUAGUCUCAUGUUCCUCGAUAUAGAGGGUAUGGUGGAGGAAUGA